AUGUCGUUCACGUCGAUCCCCGUGUUGGACCUGUCGCAGGCGGACGAUCCGGCGACCAAGGCGGAGUUCUUGCGGCAGCUACGCCAUGCCUUGCUCGAGGUUGGCUUUCUUUAUCUGAAGAAUGUCGGCGAGCCAGCCGAGCUCUUCGAUGAGGUGAUCACAAAGGGAAAGGCCUUCUUUGACAUACCAGAAGAUGAAAAGCACAAAAUCGAAAUGAAGAACGCGCAGUCGUUCCUCGGCUACUCCCGGCUUGCAGCUGAGAUCACAGCAGGGGACGUUGACCAUCGAGAACAGAUUGACCUCGCUACCGAGCAUCCACUGCCUACAUCGGAGGACCCUCAAUACUAUCACCUACUAGCACCCAAUCAGUGGCCCGCCGAGUCUGUCCUUCCUGGAUUCAAGGCCGUGUACCAAGAGUACAUGCGACGCAUGGGCGCCAUGAGUGUGCGGUUCACGUCUCUCAUUGCUGAAGCCAUUGGUCUCCCGGCCGCAGCUUUUGACAAGUACUUUGCCGAUGAAGACCAGCACCACAAGCUGAAGAUUGUCAAGUAUCCGGACCUCGCUGAGCUCGGCAAGACGGGCCAAGGACAAGGCGUUGGACCACACAAAGACAGCAUGUUGAGCAGUUACCUCCUGCAGGCAUCAGAGCAUCGCGGCCUGCAGGUGCAGAAUAUCAAGGGAGAGUGGAUCGAUGCGCCACCCAAAGCUGGAACGGUCGUCGUGGCUAUCGGACAGGGUCUGGAGGCUCUGACGGGGGGUGUAUGUGUAUCUACAACGCACCGCGUGCUUUCGCCCGCCGCAGGCUCAGGUCCUCGCUUCUCCAUACCAUUCUUCCAAGGCGUCGACUUGGACACGGACUUUGACGACCUGGAGAAGGUCGGCGUGGGCAAGGUGCCGGAGGAGAUCCGUCAGCUACGCCAGCAGGUCAUCGAGAGGAAUGGCGGUGCUCAGCUGGAUGAUGUCGAAUUUACCUUUCGCACGGGCGGCAAGUCAAAGACACUGGGCGAGGCUACCCUCAGGAACCGGGUUAAGAGCCACCCGGAUGUGGGAGAGCGCUGGUACCCUGACAUCCUGAAGGACAUACGCGAAGAGCAGGCUGCAGCUUGA